GGCGCUGCCCGUGUUUCCGGCUCUCCCAGCCCCUGCCUGCCGGUACUCCCAUAGACUCCCCCCGGGUGAAGCCGCGAUGGCCGCCUCCCUGUCCCCGGCCCUGGCCGAGCUCUGUCAGAACGGGCGGGCCGUGUUCCUGGACGCCUCCCAGCUGCUGCUCACCUACGCCGACAACAUCCUCAGGAGUCCAAAUGAAGAAAAAUACAGAUCAAUAAGGAUUGGGAACACUGCAUUUUCCACAAGACUUUUGCCAGUGAGAGGAGCCAUUGAGUGCUUGUUUGAAAUGGGAUUUGAAGAGGGAGAAACCCAUCUUGUGUUUCCUAAAAAGGCACCUGUUGAGAAGCUCCGCAUGGUUCGAGACUGUAUUGCCACAGAGAGAAACAAGAUGAUGAAUACAUCCAACAUAACACAGCCAGCCUCCGCUAAAACACAGUCCGCUCCAAACCAAAUCCCUGCGAAUAAAACACUACAAACAGCAGAAGAUCCUUCCAACUUCUUGGCGUCUGAAAUACAGUUUUUUAAGAUGUUACAGUCAAAGGCCCACCAUGUGCUGGUAUAUGAGCUGCCUAGACUCCAGCAAAAAGCCUUAGAAAAGAUCCCCGUCUCUGAACUGAAGAAGUCGGCGCAGGAAAAGUUGGUUGAUGCCAAAAGCUACGAGCCUGAUACCAUUGUGACCGAAGAAGAUUUCUUGCUUUUGGAGUUGCUACGAUGGUUUAAAGAAGACUUUUUUCAGUGGGUGAACAGUCUGCCAUGCAGUCUCUGUGGGGGGCCAACCCAAUCAAAAGAACCCUUGACUCCUACUGAAGACGAUCUGAGAUGGGGAGCAGAUCGUGUUGAAAACCAUUACUGUGACAAAUGCCAACACAGCAAUAGAUUCCCAAGAUACAAUGAUCCUGAAAAGCUUCUGGAGAGCAGACAGGGUCGUUGUGGGGAGUGGGCCAACUGUUUCACACUGUGUUGUAGAGCUUUGGGAUUCGAAGCCAGAUAUGUGCUGGAUUCUACAGAUCAUGUCUGGAGUGAGGUGUACUCUUCAUCUCAAAACAGAUGGCUUCACUGUGACCCCUGUGAAAAUACUUGUGACAAGCCUCUACUGUAUGAGAUUGGGUGGGGGAAGAAGCUCUCCUACAUCAUCGCGUUCUCUAAGGAAGAGGUUGUGGAUGUCACCUGGAGAUAUUCAUGUAAACAUGAAGAUGUGAUUUCUAGAAGAACAAAAGUUCGAGAAAGUUGGCUGCGAGAAACAAUUACUGCUCUUAACAAUACGAUGCAGCAGUCCUUACCAGAAACCAGAAAGAAGGAGCUUCUUGGAAGACUGAUUGUAGAGUUGGUAGAGUUCAUGUCUCCUAAGGUCCCUAAACCCGGCGAAUUAGCAGGCAGGGUAUCGGGAUCAUUAGCCUGGAGAGUGGCACGGGGUGAAAGUGGUUUAAAGAGCAAGAACAGCGUAGUUUUUGUCCCAUCUGAAAAGGAGCAAACCAAGAAGCGUUUCCAUCUUCAGUAUAACAUCGUGGAGGAUGCCUACAGGAGAAUAACAAGUAGUAAUGAAGUCAUUUCUGGCUGGGAAAAUGGAACCUUUAAGAAUGAGUCUAUGUGUCGGAAAGUGGAAAAUGACUGGAAAAUGGUUUAUUUAGCACGUACGGAAGGGUCAUCAUCGGCUAGAAUUGGUUGGAAGUUUGAAUGUGCUUCGGUGGGGCUCAGAGUGGAACAUCUAAGCGUUCGCACCAGUAGUCAGUGUUUCCAAAGCGGUAAAAUAACAUGGAAGCUGUGUUCUGAUACUAUAGAAGUAGAAGUAAACCCUGAUAAAGAUAUUCAUUCGUAUACGGAGUUUCUAAAUGUAUCUGAAGUGGUGUUAGAAGCCGAAUUAAGUGGAGGAGAUGGAGAUUCGGCAUGGCAGCAUACUCAACUCUUCAGAGAAACCUUAGACGAGAAAGACAAUUCUUUUGAAAUUAUUAUAACCCUUAAAGAAGAUCCAUAGCGAAUGUGUUCUUUUUUCUACAAGAGAAUUGUUUGACUUGAGAAAAAAAAGCCAUGUUUAAAAUUUUUUGAAGGCUAGGUUUUAUGGUUACAGAAUUGGUAUGGUAUGCAAAAAAAGACACCUAGGUAUAAAAGAAAACUCCCAAUUUUAAAAAUGUAGCUUUACAAACACAUGACUAAACAUGGCCUCCCAUGGACGGCAUCUAAUUAACUUGCACGGUUGUAUAAACUGGCCUCAAUAAUAACACUCGAUAAAAAUCACAGUUGGGAAACAAUAUCAAGGGUUACGUUUUUAAGAUAUUUAAUGCAGGAAUGUUAUUGUUUGUAUUUAUUCUGCUUUUAUUGUGAAGGGUAACCCACCCCAAAUAUUUUAUAUCUUUCAUUAUUUUAUUUUGAACAGUUUUAAUAACACAAUGCAUUCAUUUUAAAAGCUAUGAUUGUUUUUUUUUUAUGUAGUUUCUACUGAUUUUUACCAAUUUAAAGUGAAAUUUAAAAGGCCCCAAAUUAAUAAAGUACUGGUUAAUGGCAACAACUUUAAUGUUUCGGUUAUUAUUCAAUAUUUUAUUAUUGAUGUAUGUAAAAUCUGGGGUUACAUUCUCAUCAGCAAGAUCUUAUUGAACAUGUUAGCAUAGAGGGUGAUUAAUACAAUUUGCAUCACUUACAUCAUUGCUCCCAUUUAUGUGAUGUGGAAUAUAGGGCGUGCCUGCAGGAUUUGCCUAAAGAAAAUAGAAAUGUGUUUUUUGUCUUGAUUAUUUAAAUAAAGCAUCUAUAUUUCUACAAUUUA